AUGUUCAGACCUACAUCACCCGUCCUCUCCAAGGCGUCUCGACUCCCCAUGAUGUCCAAGCAGGGCAACAAAAACUACUACAAAGGUCAGGCGCCCUUCCCUUUGCGCAUCGCAGCGUGAACCGUCGGCAUUCCCGUACCUUCCGAGCAUCCCGUCUCUCCCUUAUACUUUACUAAUCUUGAUCUUAUGCUUGAUGGUUUCAUUCUGACAGGUACCGGAUCCAUGCCCGGGUUGGGACCCAAAGCGCAAGGACGACACGGUGGACGAGGCAAGGCGCCCUACAUUCUCAUGCCCGAACGCAUGCGCACCUUUGUCGUGCCUUUAGGACUCAACACCACCGAUGUAUGUUUUCAAUAUCAUCUCUCACGUCGAGGAAGAAUCUCGGCGCUCAUCGCCCUCUUUCCCUGACUCAGAUGAAACCGUACGUCGCCAAGGAAGUCAAGCUCGACACCAAGGACGGUCUGUGGCCAAUGGCAGCGACCAAGGGCAAGGACCAGUACAGCAAGCGAGGGGGUCUCUACGGAGCCAAAGGAUUCGACGGCGAGUACUACCUCCAACUCGCCGAGUUCUUGCAGAAGCAGGACCCCAAGCCCUGA